AUAUGUCUUGCACUUGGUUGUUACAAGCCCAAGGGCUUGAUGGGAUACAGCAAACGAGUUUGUUGCGGUCGACUCUGACUUGGUCUCUCUCAACUUUUCCUUCUUUUCGAUGCAGAUGGUGAUAAUAUGGCUGACAUAUAAAAUUUGAAGUGGCUGGAAAUCUUGAACAAUGGAAAAGCAAAGAGAAAUGGCUUCUGCACCUGUAUACAGCAAAAAGCAGCUAAACUACUUCCGAAUUUGCUACAUUGUCACGAACAUCUUUCCUCAGGAAUUGCGAUCAAUCUUCAAACAACAGUGGGACACUCGUUACAAGGCAACUUUGGGAGAAUGGAAAGACACCCCUGGAAAUGGCUUGGACUUUUACAACAACGAAUCUCCCCAUAGCCGAACACGAAAUACUCGAUUAUUAGAAAUAGUGAAAAAGGGAGAUAGGAAACAAUGGGACUGCACAACGCUAUUCUUUGCAAUGCUUCAUUCUGACUCCAUCAGUCAUGGACUAAGCGCAACAGCUAAAUCAAGUGUCGACGAUCUUAGAGAGUUUCGCAACGUGAACUUUGCUCAUGUGCCCUGGGGCCAGCUGUCUGAUUUAGAGUUUAUACUUGCAGUUCGUAGAGUUAAAAUUGCUUUUAAGUUACUUGGUCGCUCUCUUAAACAAGUUGAGGAAGUCAGUAAACAGGAAAGUUUCGAGACCGAAGAAGUUCAAAGCCUGAAGAAAAAAUGUCAGCUACUUCAAAGAGAACUCGAAGAAACCAAAGUCGAACUAGGAACGGCUAAAAAACAGCUAGAAACAUCAGAGCAAAAGUGCCAACUUGUUAAAGAGCAACUUGAAAUUUCAGAAGAAAGGAGAGAGGUCCUUAAAGUUCAACUGAUAGAUGAUGUUUCCUCAUUCUGCAUUCUUCCUCCUAGGCCAUCUCACGAAAUUGCAACUCGUGAUGAUGAGGUGGCCGAAAUAACAGAAGAGCUGGAUCAACUGAAGGAAGUAAACAAAAAUUUUUUAAGCUACUUGUACAUCACUGGUAAUCCCGGAAGUGGCAAAUCUCAGCUGGCUGGUCUAAUAGCUGAAAAAUUCUACAACAAAGUCAACUCAGAAACCAGUCUCCCCUCGUUUGUGAUGACUUUAAACGCUGAAAACUUAGAAACACUCCUGGAAUCGUACGUUACACUUGCACGACAGGUCAAAUGUCCUGAAUACAACGUUACGGACACUAGCAGGUUCAAGGAGACGAGCAUUGUCGAAAAAAUCAAGAAUCUUAGAGAUUUAAUUGCAACAAAACUUCACCUUUAUGCAUCGUGGCUUGUAGUGGUAGACAACGUGUUGAGUGUCUCUGAAAGAACUGAACUUCUUCCUCAAUCAGGAAAUAAAAGAUGGAGCCAAGGGCAGUUGCUCAUCACGACGCAGGAUACCUUGUCUAUCCCCCCUACUUGUUCCUUUAUUUCUCACUUUUCCAUCAGUCUGGGUAUGAAGCCAAUCGAAGCAUGGCAUUUUUUGGCCAAAAUUGCAGGUUUUGCAGAUCAAGAGAUGGAAGAUGAGGUUGCAAAAGCCUUAGAUUACCAACCUCUUGCCUUGGCUAGCGCAGGCACUUACAUCAGAAAGAUCCGUGAAUGUAAUUGGUCGGCGAACUUUGGCUGGAAGAAGUACUUAGAAAAGCUAAGAAAAGGAACGCGAGCCCUAACUGAGGAGGUACUAACAAAGACCAACCCAGCCUACAGCAAAUCCAUGACAGUAGCAACAAGACUGGCCGUUGAAAGAGCGAUAGGCAGCGACAGUAUAAUGAAGCAUUCGUUCACUCUCCUUUCCCUUUGCGCUCCUCAAGCAUUACAUCUCGAUGUCCUUACGAAUUACAUUUUGAAUAUAGAUGAGCAUGUUGACAAAGACGUCGUUGCCAUUCAAAUCGAAGGCUACUCACUAUUUCUGUUCGAAGAAAGAGAGAAUGGAGUUUUCAUUGGUAUGCACCAGGUUGUGUGGGACUCCAUAACAUUUGUAAUCAGCCACGAGGAGUCUCAAGGAUACGCUCAAACAGUUUGUGCUGCCGUAAAAUCAUUCAACGAGUUCAUAGAAAUACAGCCAUUCAACGCUUGGUAUGAUACUGACUCUAUUGCCAACACCAAGCACCUCAUUGCACACUUCAAAGCUUUAGCCAUAAACAUGAAACAUUUUUUUGCUUUUGAAGAGGAAUGUCAAGUUUUCAGAGAAGGCGUUUCAAAUGUUUCAGAUUGGUCAUCAUGUUUCCACCGGAUCGGCAUAGUUUGCGAGAAUCACUGCGAAUUAUCUUCUGCUGAGUAUUACUAUUACACGGCUUUGAAACUUGUUGAACCAACCAGCGACACUGUUGCAAACAGUGCAAGCAUUUAUCAAAGAUUAGGUAAUUUGCAACGGUCCAUGGGUGAUCUAAAGAAAGCCAUAGAAUAUCUGGAACUUUCCAUAGCCAUUUAUGUGGAAAAGCGUGGACCCGAGGAUGUUAAUGUUGCAAUGAGUCAUCAUAACCUCGGUAAUGCACUGCUUGAAUUGAAUGACUGGAAACAGGCCAGUGAGCAUUUUCAACUUGCUCUAGAAAUUUACAAGAAAACGCAUGGUACUGAUCAUGUUGAUGUUGCGUCCAUUUCUUACAACUUAGGAAUUGCACAGCAUAAAAUGGGUAACCUGCAGCAGGCUUUGACACAUUUUCAUUUUGCUGUUGUAAUUAACAAGAAGAUAGGUGGACCUGACUCUGUUGAUGUCGCACAUACUUACCAAAAGCUAGGUGUUGUGCAGCGUGAGUUGGGUAACCUGCAACAGGCCAAGGAGUCACUGGUUCGUGCUCUCGACAUUUUCAAGACAGAGCUUGGAAGUACGUAUGCCAAUGUCGCACAGACUUACCUAAACCUAGGUAUUGUACAGCGUGAGUUGGGUGACCUGCGACAGGCCAAGGAGUCUCUCGAUCACGCUCUCGACAUUUUCAAAACAGAGCUUGGAAGUGAGCAUGUCGAUGUCGCACAGACUUACCUAAACCUAGGUAUUGUACAGCGUGAGUUGGGUAACCUGCAACAGGCCAUGAACUCUCUCCAUCUUGCUCUCAACAUUUUCACAAAAGAGCUUGGACCCGACCAUGUUGAAGUUGCCAGUUGUUAUGAAGACUUGGGAAAAGUACAGCAUGCUUUGGGUGACCUGCCAUGUGCCAGGGUGCUUUGUAUGGAUGCCUUAGAGAUUAAGUUGAGGAGCCUUGGACCUGAGCACAUUGCUGUCGCGCGUACCUAUAUUAACUUGAGUGAUUUGCUGUCCGAUCUGCGUCACUUUCAACAAGCCAAAGAAUGUUGUGAGCGUGCUUUAGAAAUUUACAAGAGAAGGCCUAGUUCCGAACAUGUUGACGUUGCGCGUACCUACCAAAGCCUUGGCAAAGUACAUUAUGAGUUAGGUGACCUGCAACAAGCUAAAGAACGUUAUGAACAUGCUCUAGGCAUUUACAAGAGAAGACCUGGAUCCGAACAUGUUGACGUUGCGCGUACCUACCAAGGCCUUGGCAAAGUACACUAUAUGUUAGGUGACCUGCAACAAGCCAAAGAAUGUUUUGAAUAUACUCUAGGCAUUUACAAGGAAAGGAUUGGAUCAGAACAUGCUGACGUUGGGCUUACCUACCAAGACCUCGGCAAAGUACACGAUAAGUUAGGUGACCUGCAACGAGCCAACGAGUGUUAUGAACAUGCUCUAGGCAUUUAAAAGAGAAGGAUUGGAUCUGAAAAUGUUGACGGUGCGCUUACCUACCAAGGCCUUGGCAAAGUAUACUAUAAGUUAGGUGACCUGCAACAAGCCAAAGAGUCUUAUAAACAUGCUCUAGGCAUUUACAAGAGAAUGAUUGGAUCCGAACAUGUUGAUGUUGCGCUUAUCUACCAUAACCUUGGCAAAGCAAACUUUAAGUUAGGUGACCUGCAACAAGCCAAAGAGUGUUAUGAACAUGCUCUAGGCAUUUACAAGAGGAGUAUUGGAUCCGAAAAUGUUGACGUUGCGCUUACCUACCGAGGCCUCAGCAAAGCUCACUACAAGUUAGGUGACCUGCAACAAGCCAAAGAGUGUUUUGAACAUGCUCUAAGCAUUUACAAGAGAAGGCUUGGAUCCGAACACGUUGAUGUUGCGAGUACCUACCAAAGCCUUGGCGUAGUAUAUCGUAAGUUAGGUCACCGGCAACAAGCCAACGAAUAUUAUAAACGUGCUCUAGGCAUUUGCGAAAAAAGGCAUAGGUCUAAGCAUAUUGAUUUUGCGAUCAUUCACCAAAUAUUAGGCAAAACAGCACAACACAACAACAAUACAACAACUGGCAACCCAAAAUAACCACCAGGCUAAUAUAAUUGAGUAGCCAUCCUUAGGAUUUUACAUACUGUAAUGACUAACGGUGUCAUUUACUUGAGACUUCUUAACUUAACACCUACAGCAACACAGAAACACACAGACAAAAACUAGUUAUAAGCUAAAAAUACAAGUUAGCGAAAAUAAGCAGGAAAAUAAAGUACGUAUAGGCAGAUUAAGUAACGGAAGAAAAAAAAUGUAUAGUAUAAUUAAGUCAGUUAGUAACUUGCAGUAAUACUUGAUUGUAGCUUUUUCUUAGGGCCUGGCUAAACUAGGAAACUUUGUUGCGGAAACAUUGUUUCCUGUUAUGUUUCCCGGGGUGGCUAAAUUAGCAGGAAACGAACAAAAUGUUUUGUUGCCCCAGUGGCUUAACGAGGAAACAUUGUUUCGGAAAACAAAUGAGUUACGCAUGCGUGUAUGAAUAAACUGACUUCGAGGAAGUCUGAGGAUCAUAA